AGCUGCUCUGGAUGUAAAGAGAAGAGGCCUGCACACAGUCUGUGUACCAGUUGCAACAAAUGGCUGUGCAGCUUGUGUACAGAAGAACAUGGCCAUGGCAAGGAAGCAGGAGAACAUUUCCUGCCUAUAUCAUUGAAGGGCUGCUCUGGUGGCGAAGGGGGACCAAAUGAUUUUGCCUUGUUUUGUCCUGUGCACAGUCAAGAGUCACUCAAGAUGUUUUGUGAGACCUGCGACAUCCUUGCUUGCCGCUGCUGCAUUCUGACAGAGCACAAGGAACACAGGUUCAGGCACCUCCACGAAGCCUUGCAAAACCAGAGAGCCAUCUUGGAAAACGUAACCGCGAAAGUGGAAGAGAAAAAAAGCGCGGCACAGGUCUCGGCCAAACAGAUUGAAGACAGGCUGUUUGAAGUCAAACACUUACAGAGGAAAGUGGAAAAUCAGAUAAAAAUGGCAAAGAUGGUCCUGAUCAGCGAAAUAAAUAAGCGAACAAACGUCCUCCUUGAACAGCUAGAGAGAAUAACCAGUGAAAGGAAGCAGAAACUGGAACAACAACUUCAGGGCAUCAUGGUAUUAAACAGGCAAUUUGAACAUGUGCAGAACUUCCUCAGCUGGGCAGUGUGCAGUAAAAACAGUGUUCCAUUCCUCUUCAGUAAAGAACUGAUUGUGUUUCAGAUCCAGCGUUUACUGGAAACAAACUGUAAUGCAGAUACGAGUUCUCCUUGGAAGGUGAGAUUCACAUGGGACCCAUCUUUCUGGACAAAACAGCUCUCCAAUUUAGGUCACUUGUCAAUGGAGGGGGGACAGAUGCUUCACUCUGACGUACCAGCCUACGGAAGUAUGCAAGGAAUGCAGCCCUCUUUGUACCACCAUCAUGGACAUCAUUCGCCAGCACCGCAGCACGACCCUCUCAAUAAUCAACCCCACCAAUUUCAGACUCCGGUUCAUUGCCCCACGCCGGUGUGCUGCACCCAUUGCCUUAACAUCCCACAUAUGAACAAAGGGCCGCUGCCUCAUCAGGCCAUGAGCCACCCUCAGGCCUUCCGGCAGCCCCCGGAAAUGCAGCAGCACCAGCAGCAUUUCCCCUUGCAGUACAGUCUGCAGCCGCACGAACGGGACCAGAGGUGCACGGCUCGCCCCAUGAAAACAAUGCAGCCCUGUUUAGAGGCCAGAUCUCACCAGGAGCAUGAGAGCCUAUCCGCCAGGAUAGGGAAGCAUGCGCAAGAGCAAGCCAUUCAUCAGGCCACACACUCCGUUUAUCCUCUUCCGCCCCAGGAGGUUCCCCAAGGCCAGGCUGCCCAUUCCCAGCAGGCGCCCGUGCCGUCUCCUCUACAGACACCAGCCGUGCAAGUCCAGCUGAGUCCUCUUCAGAAGGUGAAACUGAACAACGUGCCACAGCCGCUGGAACAGCCGCCCCCACUGCAGCAACUGUCGCCGCCCUCGGUGAUGUCUAAAUAUGAAACAACAGUGGUGAAGUCUAAAUCUAGCAUGCUUGAUUUGUUUUGGAAAUGCAUAGCUGCCUCUCUGGACCUGCUCAAGGUUGGUGAAGAUUCCAUUGAGCCUGAAGGCCAUAAGACAGACCUCCCCCUUGAUAGAAAUGUGGCUCCACCUGUGUCACAGCCAUCAGAAGAAGCCACUGUCCGCAUUCAUUCCCCAGAGAAUACCUUGAAUCCAGUGAGAAAGCAUUCAGGUUCACUGAACGUUGUGGGUUUAUCAAAUGCUUUAGAAAGGCAGUUGACUUCAACAAGGGUAUCUAGGACAUCUGAUCUAAAAGCACAAGAUGUCUCUACUGUAACAUCUGGCCAGUCCCAAAGUAUGCCACACGUCACUGAUGUGCAGCUGGAAGCUGUGCCAAGUUUCAGCUUGGCCCUGGACAGAACUGCAAAUGACUUGAGCUCUGAGACGACAGACCACUUAGUAACAGGUGUCAUGUCCCUGGCGGGUGCAGUGUGCAAGCUUGAAAAUGAAGAGUUUGGCACUGUGAGUUACCCUCUUGGAAGUGACUCUGCUGUGGAUGAGUCAAAAGACAGUAAUGAGUAUGUUCUUCCUAUGCAAAAUAUUCUGGAAGAACCUAUUAAUCUUUCAGUGAAGAAGCCUCAGCUGUGUGCCUCACCUCCCAUCUGUAUCACCAACUCUUCCUGCAUACAGCCCUUUAAUCCACCGCUACCAAGACAUAUUGAAGAUUGCCGUAACUGUGAAAAGGAACAUUUUGAAACGGAAAUUAAAAGUAAUCAGAACAAUAGAGCUUGUGCCAAAGAGGUGAAGGUCCCUUACGUGCGCCUGGAGCGACUGAAGAUAUGCACAUCUGAAUCUGGAGAGCUUCCAGUAUUCAAACUGCAGCCACAGAAGAAUGAACACGAUGGGACUUUCCUGCUGAUAAUUGAAUGCGGCUGUCAGUCUUCAAGGAAGGCUAUUAAGGUCAAUCAAGGACAUUCACCUAAUGCCCAGGUCAGUCAAGGAAACCCACCUAAUAAAGGACUAAAUGCCAAGCCUGAGAAGACAGGGGGCCAAAGAAUCCCUUCAAGCCAACCAACAGAGCACGCAUUACCUCCUCCUGUAGAUCAUAGGCUCAGUAACAGUCUGAAGAAAGCUGUGCUUCCCCAGGAGGACAGCCCUAUCGAGAAUGAGGACUUCUGUGCUGUUUGCCUGAAUGGAGGAGAACUGCUGUGCUGUGAUUACUGCCCAAAGGUGUAUCACCUCUCAUGCCACGUUCCGGCCUUGCUCAGCUUUCCUGUAGGGGAAUGGGUAUGUACACUUUGCCGCAAUGUCGAGAAGCCAGAGGUGGGAUAUGACUGUGAAAACACACGCUACGGCAACACACUAAUGUGUGCAAGAGCACCUUUUGUCCUUGAUGACUAUGACCAGAAGAAGUGUGAGAAACUGGUACUUUCACUGUUCUGCAAUAGCCUGAGCCUACCAUUCCAUGAACCAGUAAGCCCCCUAGCUCGUCAUUAUUAUCAGAUCAUCAAAAGGCCUAUGGACUUGUCCAUUAUCCGGAAAAAACUCCAAAAAAAGAACAAAUUCCACUACUCCACCUCUGAGGAGCUGGUAGCAGAUGUGCGCCUCAUGUUCUGGAACUGUGCAACAUUCAACUAUCCUGAUUCAGAAGUUGCUGAGGCUGGACGAUGCCUGGAAAUAUUCUUUGAAAGCAAGCUGAAAGACAUUUACCCAGAAAAGCAUUUCUCCUUGGUGCAGCAAGAUGAUUCUGAUUCAGAAGAAGUGGAGCAUGAGAAUAGCCAAGUAUCCUCCAAGGGAUUCCAUUGGCCAUCAUACAGACAAGAGUGUAUCCAGCCCAAAAGAAGGCGACGGCAUGCUGAAAGUGAAAAAACGAAAAGACCGAUGUUUUGGCCAGCUAAAGGACUUUCUCAGGUGUGAUCUGCACUGGUGCUGGGUAUGCUGUGAAGAACCCAAAAUAUCAAUCACGAUAACUGACAGUCAUAAAAAUGUGGGAGGAAAUAUAAGAACUUAGAUAUUUCACCUGAAUUUCACACCCGUGACUGACCAACUUUACU